GACAUUUCAAACCUGUGACACAAUUUUGAGGAUAACUUAAGGUAAAACAUGGCAGUCUCAGGAAAGAAAGCAUCAAAACAAUUUUCAUCAUCUACAACAUCCAUGGCAUCAGAUGAAGAUCUUCAAAUUUACUGCCAGCCUUGUGACGAGGAAGGACCUAGACUACCUGCCCAUGGUUACUGCACUGACUGCAAGGAACACCUCUGCAAGAAUUGUUUCACAGCACAUAAAGUGAGUAGGCUUUCAAAACAUCACACACUUCAGGACGCUACUAAUAUGCCUAAAGUAUUGCAGCAACCCUCAACACCCACCCAUACAGGUCAGUCUGAUGUCCUGACCACACCCUGUCUUAAACAUCCACAAGAAAUGAUCAAGUUCUACUGCAAUGACCAUAAAAAAUUACUUUGCAGUGUUUGUGUUACCCUUGAACAUCAAGCUACUUCCUGCAAAGUUGAUUAUAUACCAGACAUUUCUGGUGAUAUAAUAGACAGCAAACAAUAUCAAGAUAUUCUAAAAACAUUGAAUCACACUUCUGACCAAUUUCAACAGAUGGUAGAAGAUGUCAAGAACAUGACAAACAAAUCAAACAGCUCUCUCAAAGAUGCAUUAGCAGCAAUCAAAAAGUUUCGGCAAGAAAUCAACCAAAGACUAGAUGAACUUGAGAGACAGGCUGAAGAUGCAGCUAAAGUUAUAGAACAAGAAAAUAACAAACAUCUGAAAGCAGCAGAAACAACAUAUGAAGAUAUGAGAAAAUCGCUGAAAACAUCAUCAGAUAAAAUCAAACAACUCAACACAUCAAAACAGGCCAACAAACUUUUCAUGGAACUUAAACUUGCAGAGAAAACAAUACAGAAUAUGGAGGGAAAAACUCAACAACUUUUAUCAUAUGAUAUCAAAGAGCACAACUUUCGAUCAAAUGAUGUAAUAUUAAAUUUCCUUAAAACAGAGAAGUCAUUGGGUACAUUGACACAUAAAACUUUUAAUACAGAAUGUCAAUCUGUACAAAUAAAGUCUAGACAAUCUUCACAUGAGGGAGAUAUCUGUGUGAAAACAUCAAAAGAUAAAUUAAGAUUCUGGAUAACAGGAAUGACUCUGCUGACUCCUGAUCUUCUUAUCAUCACUGACUACUUUAACAAUGCUGUAAAGAUGGUGGAUACCAGCAGUCAAUCUGUGUCUGAUCAACUACAACUAGAUGCUGGACCAUGGGAUAUCACCACAGUAACCAGUACUGAACUUGCUGUCACACUUCCUUACAAACAAACAAUACAAUUUAUAUCAAUCUCAUCAAACAAACUCAUAAUGAAGCACAAUAUGAAGGUUGGUGGAGACUGUUAUGGUAUAAGCUGUUAUCAAAAUAAACUUAUUGUGUCAUUCCUUUACCCUAUAAAACUUCAGAUCUUUGAUAUCAAUGGCCCUAUACUGACAACAAUUUGGAAAAAAUAUUUUCAAUCAUCCACAUUAUAUCACAUGUAACAGAAGUUCUAUCUAUGUAUCUGACUGGGGCAUGAAGACAGUGACAAGAUUAAACUGGCAAGGUGAUGUGAUAGGUAGUUAUAGUUGUAUGAGUACCGCUAGAGGAAUGUCACUGUCAGAUGAUGGUACUGUCUUUGUGUGUGACUUGGCGAGACUUGUUAUAGAAGAGAUAUCAGGAGAUUGUUCUACAGGAAAAGUGGUGCUGCAGGAUCUGAAAAGACCACAGGCUGUAUGUUGGUGCGGAAAAACAAAGAAGCUGUAUUACAGCUGUAAUGUUGCAGAUGCAAAAUAUGACAACUUCAUUCAGAUCUAUAAACUGUCGUAGAACAAUACAACUUUUAACUGUAUUUUAUCAAAACCAGUUAAUACCCAAUUCACUGCCUAUGUUUGUUAUUUUGUCAACAUUAAAAUGUGUAAAUCUACAGUAAGCACAUUUUCCAUAAGUGUUUUAAAAAAUUGCUAUAAACAAAAGAAAUGUAUCAUUUGGAAAUUGUAUUUAAAAAUAUUGCUUGGAAAAAGUGUUAUUAAUGUUUUAACUAGUAUACAUAGUAUGAAACAUGUAUAUGAUGGAUAAUAAUAUUUUGUUAUAGAACAUUUUUAUUAUCUUCAAUAUAAGUAUAAUUAUGUAUUAUCGGAUCAUGUGUCUCACACCUGCCAACAAGAUUCAUAGAAAUUUUUUUGUGGUUUGUAUUUAUAUCUAAUACUAAACACUUUCAACAUCAUAAUUUUUUGUUUUACAAAUCAUCCAUUAUAGACCGAUUCACUUUACAGUAAGCCAUUAAAAAUAAAAU